AACUCCCCAACAAAUUUGGUUCUUUUCAAGCACUUUCCUUCCUUUGUCAUUAUUCUCCAUAUUCCUUAUUAUAUCUAAUCCUCGAAUCCAAUUCCAACUACAGAAAUGGAGCACCAAUUGUUGGUCUGCGGCGGCGGCGACUCAGACGGAAAUGAUUCAAAGACUCCGCCUUUUUCGUGGCGGAAGCUUUGGCAUUUCACAGGUCCUGGAUUUCUUAUGAGUAUAGCUUUUCUUGAUCCAGGAAACCUUGAAGGAGAUCUUCAGUCGGGUGCUAUAGCUGGGUAUUCAUUGCUUUGGUUGCUUUUUUGGGCAACUGCCAUGGGUCUUCUCGUCCAACUCUUGGCUGCUCGUCUUGGAGUUGCCACGGGCAGGCAUCUGGCGGAGCUAUGUCGCGAUGAAUACCCGAGAUGGGCUAGGCUUACUUUGUGGGUUAUGGCCGAGGUGGCGCUUAUUGGUGCUGAUGUUCAGGAAGUUAUUGGAAGUGCAAUUGCUAUUAAGAUUCUUAGUAAUGGUUUCAUUCCUCUAUGGGCUGGUGUUGUAAUUACUGCUUGUGAUUGCUUCAUUUUUCUACUUCUUGAGAACUAUGGAGUAAGAAAGUUAGAGGCAGUGUUUGCGGUUCUCAUCGCGACAAUGGCGAUAUCAUUUGCGUGGAUGUUUGGGGAGACAAAGCCCAAUGGGAAAGAACUUAUUUAUGGCAUUUUGAUUCCAAGGUUAAGUUCAAGAACAAUCCAACAAGCUGUGGGUGUUGUUGGUUGCAUUAUUAUGCCUCACAACGUUUUCCUUCAUUCGGGUCUCGUCCAAUCAAGAGACGUGGACAAGAACAAAGUUAGUCAUGUUAGCGAAGCUCUUAGAUAUUUCUCUAUAGAAUCAACCGUUGCGGUUGUAGUAUCGUUCAUAAUCAAUCUAUUUGUUACAACCGUUUUCGCAAAAGCAUUUUUCGGUACUGAUAUAGCGGAUAACAUUGGACUUCUUAACGCUGGACAAUAUCUUCAAGAUAAGUAUGGAUCUUAUGCGGUUCCUAUACUUUACAUAUGGGGCAUCGGGUUAUUAGCUGCCGGUCAGAGCAGCACGAUUACGGGCACCUAUGCUGGGCAGUUCAUCAUGGGAGGAUUUCUAAACUUGCGAGUCAAGAGAUGGAUAAGAUCAAUGAUAACUAGAAGUUUUGCUAUCGUUCCAACUAUGAUCCUCGCUCUCAUUUUCGAAAGCUCGGAAGAUACUCUCGAUGUUUUGAACCAAUGGUUGAAUGUACUUCAAUCUAUUCAGAUCCCUUUCGCGCUUAUUCCUUUGUUAUGUUUGGUUUCUAAGGAGGAGUUGAUGGGUGUCUUUCGAAUUGGUCGUGUCCUUAAGGGAGCUUCGUGGUUGGUGGCUGCACUUGUUAUGGCAAUAAAUGGCUAUCUUCUUCGAGAUUUUUUUGCUUCGGAGAUAAAAGGAUUGUUUUAUGGCACUCUAACCGCGAUUUUAACGGUUGGAUACAUAGGCUUCAUAAUGUACCUUAUAAUACGCGAGAUUACGAUUCCAGAUCGCUUCAUUGCCUCGUGGAGAGAUAUAUCGAAGAAUGGAAUAAAAGAAUUUGUGAAAGUAGAAGGUCAUGUGGUCAGAAAAGAUGAGAUAAGCAGUGAAUUCUAAUUUCAGAUUUAUAUGGGCAAUAUCUAAAAAGAAUUAGUUAGCUCAGUCUUAGCAUGUGUGGCGGAAAUAUUAUUUAUUGUUACUAGUUGCAAUUAUAUAUGAUGUGCUACUACUAUAAAUGAUUACAAUUAAUAAAGUAUCAAAUAUAUGAUAAAUGGGGAUGUCCACAAUCUGAA